AGCACUGCAGCGCGGCUCCCGCAGCUGCCUUCAGGAAUGUCGGAGUUACACCGACUCCGGCUCGCUGUACUCGGGCUUUCCCUGGCAGAAACGGUGGUUCUACGCGGUGUUCAUUAAAUUGCACACUCCAUUAAAUUGCAGCAGGAACUGCGCCGCAGCAAUGAAGGAAACAGUGUAAGCUGCUCAGAAGAUAUUACCGGGGUCGGCAUGGCCUCUUUAACCGUCGGUUCGGCGGCUCGGAGCGUCGAGAAGCAUCGGAAGUCCUUCUCGCUGCUCUUCUACCGGGCCGUGCGGGACCUGAAGCCGGUCUGGAUGUUGGAGGACAUGCGGACGAUGGAAGCUUUUUACCUGGAGGAGGACGCCGGCCAGAGGACUUACAGUCCGUCGGAGGCGUUGCUCUACGCUAUAGUUCAUGACCACCAGGCUUACGCUCAGUACCUCCUCAGCCGGUACACGCACGAAGCGCUAGCAAAGCCCGGGGAGCGCUUCUGCCCCUGCCCUUCCUCCGCCCCUCACCUGGCUAUGGCUGUUCGCUACGACAGACGCUACAUCCUCGGUCUCAUCUUGCAGGAGACCCACCGCAUACCCAGUACGCCGUCCUACGCGGACCGAGCCGGGUGUUUCCACAUAGAGGACGGUAGGACCCCGUUACAUCUGGCCUGCGAGCUCCUGCGGCCCGAGGCGGUCAUCUUGCUGCUGGGGAACGGAGCGUCCCCCCACGCUCAGGACCACAACGGCCUGACCCCGCUGGAUGUCCUUCUGGAGAAGCUCAGGGACUCCAAAGUGGUGAAUGGCGGGGAGAAGAGGCGGUGCCUAGACAACCUGCUCCUGUUCAUGCCAAAAGUUCGCUUUAAAAUGAAGGAUGCUCUGGACAGAGAGCCGGAGCGCUGGAGCAGGGUGCUGGGCAAGGAGACCUACCAUUACCUGUCAGGGAGGAGCCCAGCGCCGCUGGUCCUGAGCGCCAUGCAGACUGUCCUGAAGCAGCUGAGCCCUGCGACCUUCCCGGACAGCCUACUCGAGCUGCCCAUCCCCUCCUGCCUCAAACCGCCGGGCCUGCCUGUGAGCCAGCGGGACAAGCAGAGGGUGGUGCAGCAUCAGUGAGCCUUGCAUGGCCUGUUUGGACACUGCUGUGUUUUAGCAUGCUGUGCGUGUGUGCUGCAUAUUUGAAGAUGCUGUACGGCCUUUAGGCAGUAACACUUCAUUAUAGGGCUGAUCAGGUGAGCACUAACAGUCAGGGAACAAAUAUAGGCUAAAUUAAUUUUAUCUAAUGAUGUGACAUAAACCGCACAGAGUGAAUUAACUGGGAGCUUAGGACACAAAGGAAUGAACAGCCAUACUCUAACCUUUCACUCUGAUCUAUGUGCCAGGAUUCAUGUAUUAAGUCUAGUAAUGAUACUGCUGUUUAACCACUGUAUCAUAUCAAAACGAUAGACACACACUAACAUUGGCCCCGUGUUCCUGUUGAUUUUAAUUCAUCAAAAUGUUCAGGAAACUUUCUGAAUGACUGCGUUUAAAUAAAUAAAAAUCUAAGUGAG